CGUCAUUUGACUCCUUCAAUUCGUAUUAAUACGCAGCAACACACCAAUUACACGACACGAAACAAAAAAAUGAGGAUCGAAUGUCUAGACCAUUCCGGCGCACGACCUACCACUUUUCUAAUUGAAUUUAAAGGAAACACGAUAUUAUAUAAUUGCCCAUUAGAAGUUAAAUCGCUCAGCAAACUUACGGGUAUCGACGAUGCUUCACCACCACCACAGCAACAACAGCAAUCAUUGAGCAGCGGUGGUGGCUUCAACCACCUUGACACGCUGCUGUCACGGAUCGUUAACAAUACCAAAAGCAUUCAAGAUGGUUCGCUUCUCGAUUUGUGUGACGACGGCUGUGUUUUUCGUACUGUGAACUUUAGUCUAGUCGACUUGAACCAGAUUGACGUUGUGCUCGUUGCCAAUAGUGAGAUGAUGCUUGGCUUGCCCUUCUUAACCGAAUAUUUGGGCUAUAAGGGCAAAAUCAUUGCUACAGAACCAACAAUUGAAUUUGCGAGGCAACGUAUGGAAGAGCUAGUAGCAUAUCAUGGCCGGCAGGGCUCGUUUAUUUCUCCCGGAUCAGCCAUCCAUUUCUCUCAGGUCGGGAGCAUGAACCGACAAUGCGUGGAUGAACAAUGGCGAUCACUUUAUACCCUUCGAGAUAUCAAGCUAUGCAUGCAAAAAAUUAAACCUGUCAGAUUCAAUGAACACCUGUCUCUUUAUGAAACUACCACACUUGUUCCUUACAGUUCGGGAUAUUCUCUGGGAUCAGCAAAUUGGUGCUUGGAGGCAACGGAUCGGAAAGUAGUGCUCAUGUCUACAUCAAGUAUCGUAUCCAAUCGACAUCCUGCUCUAUUCGACAUGUCUAUUAUGGAGAAAGCCGAUGUGGUGCUGGUAAGCGAUGUACGAACUGGUGAUCAAAACGACACGGAUCACAUUCGGAAAAGAAUAUUGGGGCAUGUUGCUAUGACCUUACAGAGUCAAAAGAAUGUACUUUUUCCAAUAUCCAUGAUCGGCAAUAUAUUUGAUUUGAUCGGGGACCUAGCAAGACAUCUAAAGGCCCUUAACAUGCCGGUGUCAUUCUACGUUGUAAGUCCUGUUGCCCGCACAAGUCUGGAAUAUGCAAAUAUUCUGGGCGAAUGGAUGACAGCAGGCCAUCAGGAUACCGUCAACACAGCACAAAAACCAUUGGAGCAUGGGCAACUCCAGCAGGAAAAAGAGCUAUUUGCAUACGACUCAUUGCAAGAUGCCAACGAUAUCAAGGAACCCUGCGUCUUAUUCACGGGCGAUCACACCUGCCUGCGUAAGGGACCUGUUGUAUCGGCGGUGGAACAUUGGGGUGGAGAUCAGCGAAAUAUCUGCAUCAUCACAGAUCCGGAAACCCUCGCAUCGCAAGACCUCCCAUCCUCUCGGAUGAAAAUGGUACCACUGAUACUGAAUACUCGGGUGUCACUCUGGGAAGUUGGAUCAAUCCUGGGCACGGCUUGUCGCAUCACCCCACCACCGCACAUCAUCAUUCCCGAUAUGCUGGGAUCUGACCGUUUUAAGGAGAGGUGGGAAAUGGAGCAUCCAGGAGCCACUCAGUUGCAUACUAUCAAUCCAGGGGAAUCUGUUUCAAUUGAAUUCACUAAUAAGAUGGAAAUGAUCGUCAUCUCGGAAGAGUUGGCAGCAAGGUUAGCUCCCCAAGCAGCUCACAAAGACGGCGUGUUUUAUGCAAUUGCGCCUGUCACUGGAUCGCUUGCCAUGUACAACAACAAUUACGAACUACAGCCGAUAACAGACCUUUGUGACGAAUACUUGCUUAAUCCAAACCACCAUCCUGCUGCUUCCUAAUGUAAAACUCACAAUAAAAAUCGGAGUUCAAGAAGAGAAAAGACACCUAAGCGGUGUAAUACGUCUCCUGUUGGCACGUGUAAUUUGAAAAGACAGUGAGAAAGACAAGAAGUCUUCAUCUGGACACCAACCGUAGAAAAGUGGACAGUGCGUUGCUUGGUAGGGAUCCAGUGCCACAUAGAGUUUGAGAAAAAAGAGGAUCUUCCGAUGUGCGAGGGGGACCAGUGUAAAAUUGAGAAGGUAAAUGUCAUCGUAUCCCUUUGAUAGGAUGAGCUGUUACGACUUCCUAAAGAAACACAGCCCCCAAAUAAGACACCAGGUCAAACAUCACCCCACCCAUAUGUUGCCGGG